UAUAAAGACGCAGCAGCAGUUCUACUUGCAGGUCCAAGACAUACCCAAGUGGACAUCGCCCCCUGCGUGUUGUGCUCAAGCCCCCGACCAACCUCCCCUAAAGUGGAAUGCACGUUGGGUAUCCGCUUAUUUAGCACGGCCUCGCCUCCCGCACAGAACCUCGCCCAGUCAGUCCUUGGCCGAGAGACCGCUCCUCCUCUCCCCCAACUCCACGUCAACUACAACAUCCCUCCCCUCAUAGCCUCGCAGCUCCGCCAUCUUGCUGCACCGCUCUCAUCUCUCUGCGACUCUUCGCAUCUAAUUCUACCAACUCUUUAAUUCACCCACCUAACUUUUCGCCCUUCGAUCUCAGUCGCAAUGGAGGAGGAAGUCGCAGCCCUCGUUAUCGACAAUGGUUCGGGUAUGUGCAAGGCCGGUUUCGCCGGUGAUGAUGCGCCCCGCGCCGUCUUCCCAUCCAUUGUCGGUCGGCCCCGUCACCAUGGUAUCAUGAUUGGUAUGGGUCAGAAGGACAGCUACGUCGGUGAUGAGGCACAGUCGAAGCGUGGUAUCCUCACGCUGAGAUACCCCAUUGAGCACGGUGUUGUCACCAACUGGGACGACAUGGAGAAGAUUUGGCACCACACCUUCUACAACGAGCUGCGUGUGGCUCCUGAGGAGCACCCCGUCCUCCUGACUGAGGCUCCCAUCAACCCCAAGUCCAACCGUGAGAAGAUGACCCAAAUCGUCUUCGAGACCUUCAACGCGCCUGCCUUCUACGUCUCCAUCCAGGCCGUCCUGUCCCUGUACGCCUCCGGUCGUACCACCGGUAUCGUCCUCGACUCCGGUGACGGUGUUACCCACGUCGUCCCCAUCUACGAGGGUUUCGCCCUUCCCCAGGCCAUUUCCCGUGUCGACAUGGCUGGUCGUGACCUUACCGACUACCUCAUGAAGAUCCUGGCUGAGCGCGGCUACAGCUUCUCCACCACCGCCGAGCGUGAAAUCGUUCGUGACAUCAAGGAGAAGCUCUGCUACGUCGCCCUCGACUUCGAGCAGGAGAUCCAGACCGCCAGCCAGAGCUCUUCCCUCGAGAAGUCCUACGAGCUUCCCGACGGUCAGGUCAUCACCAUCGGCAACGAGCGUUUCCGUGCUCCCGAGGCCCUCUUCCAGCCCUCUGUCCUGGGUCUUGAAUCCGGCGGUAUCCACGUCACCACCUUCAACUCCAUCAUGAAGUGCGAUGUCGAUGUCCGUAAGGAUCUGUACGGCAACAUCGUCAUGUCUGGUGGUACCACCAUGUACCCCGGUAUCUCCGACCGUAUGCAGAAGGAAAUCACCGCCCUUGCUCCCUCCUCGAUGAAGGUCAAGAUCAUUGCUCCUCCCGAGCGCAAGUACUCCGUCUGGAUCGGUGGUUCCAUUCUUGCUUCCCUCUCCACCUUCCAGCAGAUGUGGAUCUCCAAGCAGGAGUACGACGAGAGCGGUCCUUCCAUCGUCCACCGCAAGUGCUUCUAAGCGCACACUUGCAUGCGACGAUAGGUACGACAACGGCACGCCUCGGCGCGACCAUGGCAUGCCUCGCCCGGGGCUGCGCCUGCUUCCUUCACUCCUGCCUGCUCUUUUUUCAUCGAUAAAAUGGCGAACAAAGAGGCUUUUUGGGUUGCGUCUUGCUACCAAGCACGAGCCGAGAAAGAGGCAUGGAGGCGACAAGAGCGUUUUUUCUCUUUUUUCCCUUUUCCCCAGUCUUUUUCCCCCUUUAGCUCCUCAAAUCUGAGAAAAACGCGCGUGCGGUAGGGCUUGGCGUGCCGGGGCGAUGACGAUGUGUGU